UCUUGUAUACGUGAAAAGAGUGGCGUGGCCAGAGAUGGAAAAAAGGUCCAAGAAAGCUGGUGCUUUGAAGGGUAGAGAUAAGAAGGUUCCCUUCCACAAGCUAUUCUCAUUGGCAGAUCCUUUGGAUGUUGUGCUGAUGUGCGUUGGGACAGUUUCUGCCGUUGCUGAUGGCCUUACCAUGCCUGUUGUGUCACUCAUUUUUGGAGAACUCAUCAACUCCUUCGGAGCUUCCAACAAGAAUAACAUAGUCACUGAAGUUUCCAAGGGAGCUCUUCAGAUGCUGUACGUGGCCGCAGCUUCUGGUGUAGCGUCGUUCCUGCGUAAGUUCAAAUUAUAUUGCAUUCUAACCAUUGUACACUCGACAGAGGUGUCAUGCUGGACGGUGACCGGCGAAAGGCAGGCAAUGCGCCUUCGGGGCCUCUACCUGAAAACCAUACUGAGACAAGACAUUGCAUUCUUCGACGAAGAGAACUCGACAGGAGCGGUUAUCGGGAGGAUGUCAGGGGACACCAUCCUCAUUCAAGAAGCCAUGGGCGAGAAGGUUGGGAAGUUAAUACAGCUACUUUCCUAUUUCUUAGGCGGCUUCGCAGUAGCAUUUGUCAAAGGAUGGCUUCUGGCAGUUGUAAUGCUGUCGUGCAUUCCUCCCAUUGUUGCAGCUGGUGGGGCCAUGGCAAUCAUCAUAUCUAAAUUGGCGAGCAAGGGACAGAUUGCAUAUGCCGAAGCGGGAAAUAUUGUAGAACAAACAAUUGGAUCCAUUAGAGUGGUUGCAUCCUUCACCGGUGAGAAGCGAGCUAUAAUGAAAUACAACGAGUCUCUGAAAACUGCAUACAAAUCCAAUGUCAAACAAGGGCUGGCCACAGGCUUAGGAGUAGGCGCCGUCAUGUUAAUCAUAUGUAGCAGCUAUGGAUUAGCUGUUUUGUAUGGAUCCAAGUUGAUAAUUGAAAAAGGGUACAAUGGUGGAGAUGUCAUCACCAUCAUGAUCGCGAUCAUGACCGGUGGAAUGUCUCUAGGUCAAGCGUCACCUUCAAUUAAUGCAAUUGCAGCAGGCCAAGCCGCAGCGUACAAGAUGUUCAAGACAAUCAACCGGAGACCAGAGAUCGAUGCCUACGACACAAGUGGGAUGGUUUUGGAAGACAUCAAGGGCAACAUUGAACUGAGGGAUGUAUACUUCAGCUACCCGUCAAGACCGGACAUUCAGGUAUUUUCUGGGUUCUCUUUGCAUGUCCCAAGCAGCACAACGGUGGCUUUAGUUGGAGAGAGCGGCAGUGGCAAGUCGACAGUGAUCAGUCUGGUGGAGAGAUUCUACGAUCCACAAGCUGGUGAGGUGCUCAUUGAUGGCAUUGACCUGAAGAAGCUGCAGCUUGGAUGGGUCAGGGAGAAAAUCGGGCUGGUGAGCCAAGAGCCUAUCUUGUUUAUGACUACCAUAAAAGAGAACAUAGCAUAUGGAAAGGCAGAUGCAACGCUCGCAGAAAUCAAGACAGCGAUUAAGCUGGCUAAUGCUAAGACAUUCAUAGACAAGAUGCCAGAGGGACUCGACACGAUGGUUGGUGAGUAUGGAACCCAGCUGUCCGGUGGACAGAAACAGAGGAUUGCAAUUGCAAGAGCAAUUUUGAAGAACCCCAAGAUCUUGCUUCUCGACGAAGCGACGAGCGCUCUGGAUGCUGAGUCAGAGCGGAUAGUUCAAGAAGCACUGGUGAGUAUCAUGUCAAACCGGACAACUGUGGUUGUGGCCCAUCGCUUGAGUACAGUGAGGAAUGCUGAUACAAUCGCAGUCGUGCAUCAGGGAAGAAUUGUAGAACAAGGCCCUCACUUGGAGCUAAUCGCCAAUCCGGACGGGGUCUAUUCUCAGCUCAUCCAUCUGCAAGAGAUGAAUAAUCAAGUCAAACAAAACCCAGCCAUGAAUCCAGACAAGAUUAGUUCAAGCUCCCAUGCAAGGAGAAGUGCGACUAGACCUGAAAGCCCAUGGUUUUCUCCAAGGAGAUCUGUAACCAUCAAUUCUCCAGGUGUGGGAAGCAGCAAGCAGCCGAUUUUUGGUUUUCACAGAGACAAAGGCAAGGAAAGAGGUGAUGAGAGUGAGAAAACCCCAAAUAAGGUCUCCAUUGGACGACUGGCAUACCUGAACAAGCCAGAGCUACCAGUACUGAUGUUAGGAUCUGUUGCCGCAGUUGUACACGGAUCAACCUUCCCAAUAUUGGGAAUACUGCUCUCGAACACUGUCAAUAUCUUUUAUGAAUCCCCACACAAGCUUUUGAAAGAUUCCAGGUUAUGGGCCCUAUCGUUCGUGGGACUAGGGAUCAUGUCUCUGGCUGUGGUGCCACUACAACAGUAUCUAUUUGGAGUAGCUGGCAGUAAGCUCAUCCAACGCAUCCGUUCUUUGUCAUUUGAGAGGGUGGUCCACCAAGAAAUCAGCUGGUUUGACGACCCAAUGAAUUCGAGUGGGGCGAUUGGGGGGAGGUUGUCAGGAGACGCUUCAACUGUUCGCAGUCUUGUAGGGGAUGCCUUAGCAUUAAUGGUUCAGAACAUAUCAACGAUCAUUGUAGGGAUUCUGGUAGCCAUGGUAUCCAACUGGCGGUUGGCACUUAUAAUUCUAGGUAUUCUACCUUUGGUGGGUCUGCAAGGAUAUCUUCAGAUGAAAUUUCUAGCAGGUUCCAGUGAAGAUGCCAAGAUGAUGUAUGAAGAAGCCAGUCAAGUAGCUAACGACGCAGUGGGCAGCAUUAGGACGGUUGCAUCUUUUUGUGCGGAACAAAAAGUGAUGGAUCUCUACAAGAAGAAAUGUGAGGCCCCAAUGAGAAAUGGAAUGAGUCAAGGAAUUAUAAGUGGCAUUGGUUUGGGCUUCUCUAACAUUGUACUCUUCUGCUCCUAUGCCCUCAAUUUCUACUUGGGAGCUUGGCUUGUCGCAAGUGGGAAGGCAACAUUUACUGAAGUUUUCAGAGUUUUCUUUGUUUUGACAACAGCGGCUAUUGGAGCAUCACAAAGCAGUGCAAUAGCUCCAGAUGCCACCAAAGCCAAGGAAUCUGCGGCUUCUAUUUUUGCGAUUCUUGAUAGGCAAUCCAAGAUCGACCCGAGCAAGGACAAGGGUAUGACAUUGCCCAACGUGAAGGGCGACAUUGAAUUCCAACAUGUCAAAUUCAAGUACCCAACUCGUCCAGAUGUGCAGAUCUUCAGAAACUUGUGUUUGAGAAUAUCUUCUGUAAAGACUGUUGCUCUUGUCGGCGAGAGUGGUAGUGGGAAGUCGACAGCAAUUGCCUUACUACAGAGGUUCUAUGAUCCUGAUUCUGGCCAGAUAUUGUUGGAUGGUGUGGAAAUUAAAAUUUUAAAAUUACUUUGGCUUCGACAACAGAUGGGGUUGGUGAGCCAAGAGCCCAUAUUAUUCAAUGACACGAUCCGUGCCAACAUAGCUUAUGGGAAGCAAGGGGAGGUCUCUGAAGAUGAGAUUAUAUCAGCUGUAGAGGCAGCCAAUGCUCAUAGCUUCAUAUCAUCACUUCCAAAGGGAUACAAUACACAUGUUGGUGAGAGAGGAGUGCAAUUGUCAGGUGGACAGAAGCAGAGGAUAGCCAUCGCAAGGGCAGUGCUGAAAGACCCGAAAGUCCUGCUGCUUGAUGAGGCGACAAGUGCAUUGGACGCAGAAUCAGAGCAUGUGGUCCAGGAAGCAUUGGACAGGGUGAUGGUGAACAGAUCAACAAUUGUUGUUGCUCAUCGACUGACCACAAUCAAGGGAGCUGAUUUAAUUGCUGUGGUGAAGAAUGGGGUGAUUGCAGAGAAAGGAAGACAUGAAACGCUGAUGAAGCUGAAGGAGGGAGUAUACUCAUCUUUAGUAGCAGUGCAGUCAAAUUCUUCCACAUAA